CUUGGCAUCCAAAAUAGAGGAAUGUCCAAGAAGAAUGAGAGAUGUUAUCAAUGUAAUCCACCAUAUCAAACAAGUUCGAAAUCAAAACACCUGGAUUCCUCAAAUCUUGCUGGGAAACUGCACUUGAUUCAAGGGCUCGACCUGGCGUGGUGGCCUUGACCUGUGACCUUGGGCUUUCCACCCAGGAUACGCCAACGUGGUAUGGUGCAAGUCCAGCCACUUUUGUCAUGGACAAUUCAUCCUCUUCCACUCGACCAGAACUACAUCAACCUCAAAAAACAAGUAAACAAUGCUGAAAGAAGAGUUCUGAAAGAAUUGGGAUUUUCUGUUCACGCCAAAAACCCUCACAAGGUGAUUGUCAUGUUCCUGCAAGUGUUGGAAUGUGAGAGAGACCAGAAGUUGGUGCAGUGUGCAUGGAACUAUAUGAAUGAUAGCUUCAGGACAGACGUAUUUGUACGGUUCCAUCCAGAGGUUAUAGCUUGUGCCUGUAUUUACUUAGCAGCCAGACAACUACAGAUACCACUGCCCAGUAGUCCACCCUGGUAUUAUUUGUUCAGUGUGGAGGAUGAGGAUGUUAGCGAUAUCUGUCUCACUAUUCUACGUCUCUAUGCCCGUCCUCGGCCAAACUAUGAUAAACUUGAGGCAAAGGUGAAUGAUGCCAAAAAGAUACAGAUAGAAGCCAAGAUGAAGGCAAAGGGAGCCUCAUCUGAGAAUGGAACACCAAACCACUCCUCUCGAACAAAUUCUCCAAAGAAUGUCAGUCCUAACCCUGCACUUCUUCCAAGUAUAAAAAGGCUCAAAGAAGAUGACAGAGACUCUGAGAGGGGUUCUAUAAAAAAUCAUUCAUCAAAGAAGAAGCGCAGCCACAGUCCGAAUGAUCGGAGUAGAUCUCGGUCAAGAAGCAGACAACGGUCUUCUCGGUCCAGGUCUAGUCGCAGUUUAAGUCGAAGCCCCUCGAUGAAAAGACGGAAAAACAGGAACUCUCCACACAGGUACAAGAAGGAUCGCUACGUCAGUCCAGAUCGCUACAUCUCAAAAGAACACAAGCAUUCCCGCAAAAGGAAGAAGCAUUCCCAUUCCAAUAGUCGUAGCCCAUCAUUGAGCAGGUCACCAGAUCGUUACAAGUCUAACCAUAAGAAAUACAAACAUGAGAGGGAUAGGUACCACUCACCAGAUCGCCACCACAAACGACACAGAAAUGGUCAUCGCAGCCCGUCACCAAGAGACCGUUAUGACAAAUACCGCAGAUGAUGAUUGUCAAUAUAAUAGAAAAAAAAAUUAACUGUACAAAGAAAUGUGAUGAACAGUGAAUGGAGGACAAUGUUUUGAUAUAUAUGUGAUUUAUGAUUAUGAUCACAACACAGGUGAUUGGAGUGAUUUGAGACUUGCUAUUCAAAAUUAGGUUGAUUUCUUUUGAAGAUUUAUGGUUGAAAAUCAUUGGAGCAAAUGAAGUCAGUUUGUCUCAGGAUAAUGACAUCAGCUUAUAUAGGAGAAUUGUAUUUAUUGUUUUCACAUGGUGCUACCAACAAAGCUGAAAGAGGAGAGCUCAAUAAUGUUUUAUUGUUAUCGGUUCCAUUCAACAAUGCCAUCUUGAAAAGGUAUAUGUGCACCCUCAAAGAGUGCAAGCUCAAGAUGUAAGAAUUAUAUCAUUAUAUUCAAUAACUAAUUCAAAGUACAUUUCACUUUUUUCCCAAAAUUAUGCACAUAGAGAAGUGUCUUUAAGGAUUUAGUGCCAGUUUUCCUAAUCAUUCUUGUAACAUUGGGUGGUAAGUUAUGCUGAAGGUAAGAAAGCUGCUGUAUAUGAAGCUUACCGUUCUCAUUAUUUUUACUAUCUGGUACAACAAACCUUUAAAAUUGUCAAAAGGCUGUACAUAAGUGCUAUUGAACUUAGCAUAAGUUUCAUGUUUUCCAAUUCUUUUAAGUCAUUUUUUAAACUACUGAAGUUCUGAAAUCUGAGUGGUUAUUUCAAUACUCAUGGCUAAAUAAGCAAUAUUGCAGUGCAUUAAGAGAUGUGACAAGAAGUUAUACACAGCACGAGGACCAAAAGUGUUAACUGAAGUGCUGUGGGUCUGGAUCAUUUGAUGAAACAUGCAGUACGGGUACUCGAAUUUUUGUUUUUUGUUUGUAUGUAAUAUGCGAGACUGGUGUGAUAAACCCAAAGUAUAUUGGUAAUUAUGUAAGCUGUGGAGUAUACAUACACAAGGCGUGUUGGAGCGAGUGGAGAUAUGCAAUACAUAUAUUUGAGUAACUGAGAGAGAGAAAGGUUUAGCAUUUGAAAGGUUGAGGGUAAAUUUGAAUGUGUAUUUGUUUGAAAGUCAAAUGAACAAGACUUACAUGUUACUGAACAUUGUCUACACAGAUUGUACAUUGAUGUAUAUGAAUUGGUAUGAAGCAUUUUUUAUAUAACAUUUUAAAUCCUA